AUGGCCCCCCGUUGCCUGGCGCGCGCCCUCGUUGCCCUUGUCGCGGUGCUGGUGGCCGCGCACGCCGCCUCGGCUAUACCCAUGCGCGAGACGGCGCCGUGGACGUUGCUGCUGUGCAAGCUGAAGGACAACGACCGCGAACCGAAGUCCAGCGCUUGGUUCAAGGAGUGGUUCAACAACGACAGCAAGGAAGGGUCGGUGACUCAGUUCUUCAGGGACGUGUCCAACGGCAUGUACACGGUGUACGCGGCCGAGACGUACGGCUGGUUCAAGGUGCCAUUCGACAAGGCGGAGGUACGUCGCCUGGCCCUGGCCGACCACACGUUGGGCGAUAUCAACGACGUGGACCGCAAAACGGCUCUGAAGACCAAGGAGUUGUGCACGAUGUUCGCCCGCUUCUACUUCGGCAUCAAACUCAGUAGCCGGGCGAUUACCUUCACGAACAGUCAGAACAUCGCCCUGUUCUGUCGUCAGCGCGGCAUACUGAUUUCGACCAGCUAUUUCAUGACGUCGGCUCUGACGCACGAGAUGUGCCACAGCUUCCACGUCGGUCACUCAUUCAGCAACCGCAACGUCAAGGUGUACCCGCACGCUGAUGUCGGAGAGUACGACGACCUGUACGACCUGAUGAGCACCAGCAACGCGUUCAGCUACUGGUCGCAGUACGGUUCGACCGGCCCAGGCCUGAACGGUCCUCAUCUCGACUACCUCGGCUGGCUACCGUCCAACCGCGUACUAUUCUUCAACGCCGCCAAAUCUUCCUUCCCACAGACGCUCCAUCUGGCAUCGCUCAGGUAG